AAAGAGAAUAAUGGUGGAGUAACAUAAACCCUGACCUUAAACCUCUUGACUCAGAGAGAGUCACAGCAGCAGCAGCAACAAUGGUGAAGGCCUACCUCCGAUACGAGCCGGCGUCGUCGUUCGGAGUGAUAGCGUCGGUGGACUCAAAUAUUGCAUACGACAGCUCCGGAAAACACCUCUUCUCUCCGGCACUCGAGAAGAUCGGCAUUUGGCACGUGCGGCAAGGUCUCUGCACCAAAACCCUAACUCCUUCCACUCCGUCGCGUGGUCCUUCCCUCGCCGUCACCUCCAUUGCAUCCUCCCCUUCCUCCUUGAUUGCUGGUGGUUAUGGUGAUGGUAGCAUUAGGAUUUGGGACUCUGAUAAAGGAACGUGCGAGACUACCUUAAAUGGACACAAGGGAGCUGUCACUGCUCUUCGUUACAACAAGGCGGGUUCUUUGCUCGCUUCUGGCAGUAAGGAUAAUGAUGUUAUAUUAUGGGAUGUGGUUGGCGAGACCGGGCUCUUUCGCCUUUGCGGUCAUCGCGAUCAGGUGACUGAUGUUGUUUUUGUAAGUUCUGGGAAAAAGCUUGUUACUUCCUCCAAAGACAAGUUCUUGAGAGUGUGGGAUCUUGAUACCCAACACUGUAUGCAAAUUGUUGGUGGCCAUCACAGUGAAAUAUGGUCCGUGGACAUUGAUCUGGAUGAAAGAUAUCUUGUCACCGGUUCUGCAGAUAAGGAGCUUCGUUUUUAUGUGAUCAAGCACGACUCUGGGGAUGGGGAGUCUAAAAAUGAUGGUGGAGAUUUGUCCGUUCAAAAUAAAUGGGAAGUUUUGAGGCAUUUUGGUGAAAUUCAGCGGCAGAGCAAGGAUAGGGUUGCAACAGUGCAGUUCAGCAGGUCAGGGAAUCUGCUAGCUUGCCAAGUUGCUGGAAAGACAGUAGAAAUAUACCGUGUAUUGGAUGAUGCUGAAGCAAAGCGAAAAGCAAAACGAAGGGUUCACCGUAAGAAAGAGAAGAAACAUGCAAAAGAGGCUUUGGAGGGAACAGAAAACGGAGACACAACCAUAGAAACUAGUAACCCCACAGUUAUUGUGCCUGAUGUUUUUAAGCUGUUGCAUACUAUUAGGGCUAGCAAAAAGAUAUGCUCCAUUUCUUUCUGUCCAAUCACUCCAAAGAAUUCACUGGCUAGUUUAGCAUUGUCCUUGAACAAUAAUCUGCUUGAGUUUUACUCUAUUGAACAUGGUGAAACCAAAAAAACACUUGCUAUUGAUCUUCAAGGGCAUCGUUCUGAUAUUAGAAGUGUCACGCUUAGUUCAGACAACACUUUUCUGAUGUCAACCAGUCACAAUGCAGUAAAGAUUUGGAACCCAAGCACUGGCUCUUGCCUAAGGACCAUUGAUUCUGGGUAUGGACUAUGCAGUUUAAUUCUUUCCACUAACAAGUAUGGACUUGUUGGAACUAAAGAUGGAACCUUAGAAAUUAUUGACAUUGGAAGUGGCACUUGUCUUGAAGUAAUGGAAGCUCAUGGUGGUUCUGUUCGCACAAUUGCUGCCUUACCAGAUAGAAAUGGGUUUGUCACAGGAAGUGCAGAUCAUGAUGUUAAGUUUUGGGAGUACAAGCAAAAACUUGGUCAAGCUACUAAGCAACUCAUUGUGUCAAAUGUCAGUACUAUGAAAAUGAACGAUGAUGUUCUUGUGGUUGCAAUUAGCCCUGAUGCUAAAUAUAUUGCUGUUGCUCUCUUGGAUAGUACUGUGAAGGUUCACUUUGUGGACACAUUCAAAUUCUUCCUUUCAUUAUAUGGCCACAAGCUGCCUGUUCUGUGUAUGGAUAUCUCAUCAGAUGGAGAUUUAAUUGUGACUGGUUCUGCAGAUAAAAAUUUAAAGAUCUGGGGCUUGGACUUUGGGGACUGUCAUAAAUCCAUUUUUGCGCAUUCUGACAGUGUUAUGGCAGUGCGAUUUGUUCCCAAGACACAUUAUGUGUUCAGUGUUGGAAAAGAUCGCCUAGUAAAAUAUUGGGAUGCUGAUAAAUUUGAGCUGCUGCUGACUCUCGAAGGACAUCAUGCUGAUGUUUGGUGUCUUGCUGUUAGUAAUCGAGGUGAUUUUAUUGUCACUGGAUCUCAUGAUCGUUCCAUCCGUCGGUGGGAUCGUACUGAAGAGCAAUUUUUCAUUGAGGAAGAAAAGGAGAAAAGGUUAGAGGAAAUGUUUGAGGCUGAUCUUGACAAUGCAUUUGAAAACAAGUAUGCACCAAAGGAAGAAAUACCAGAGGAGGGAGCUGUGGCUUUAGCUGGGAAAAAAACCCAGGAAACCCUUACUGCAACUGACUUAAUUAUUGAGAGAUUAGACAUUGCAGAAGAUGAAAAAAAGCGUAUUGCAGAACAUCAGGAGGAGAAAAAUAACAGAAAUGUUGUUGAUUUCCAAGCAAAUCCUCUGAUGAAUGGGCUUUCACCUUCUGACUAUGUUUUAAGUGCAUUUUCAGAUGUGCAUUCCAAUGAUUUGGAACAAACGUUAUUGGCUUUACCAUUUUCAGAUGCUUUGAAGCUUCUGUCAUACUUGAAAGACUGGAGUUCAUAUUCUGACAAGGUUGAGCUUGUUUGCAGGAUAGGUACGCUGCUCUUGCAGACACAUUACAACCAGUUACUUACCACUCCUGCUGCCCGACCCAUCUUGACUGUUUUCAGUGGCAUUUUUUAUGAACGGGUCAAGGGAUGGAAAGAUAUAUUUGGUUUUAACCUUGCAGCAAUGGAACAUAUUCAGCAAAUGAUGGCUUCAAGAUCAGAUGCUUUAUUUCAUGAUGCAAGAUCAAAACUGCUAGAGAUACGUGCUCGACAAUCCAAACGUAUAGAAGAAAGGUCGGAUACUGGAGAAGUGAAGCGGAGGAAGAAGAAGAAGACAUAAAGUAACGUGUAUGUUUGGACUUGGUUAUGCGCUGGAUUAUGUUAAUGAUAUGGAUAUUUCAAUUUUCAAUCACUGCAGAGAAAUUGUCCUUGACUGGAUUUAGUGAUCGAUGAAGCUCUGCAGAUUCAGAGCGAAUUUGUCAUAAUAUCACCUUCAACGAGAAGAAUUGAUGGGUAAAGGUUGGUUCACCAGAAAAGGCUUAUGACCUUGGUCUACAUGAUUCCUUUCAACAGACGAUUUCUGUUUUUAAUCCGCGAAUUCCUUUCAACAGAUGAUUUCUGUUUCAAAUCCGCGGCUUAUAUAUUGAUGUCACGAUGACAUCUCCAUUUGAAGAGCAAGGUUUUGACUGUACUGUUACUUAUGCGAGUGGCUCAGAGAAGGUCGUUACUUUAUUAUGUUGUAAUACGUGUAAGCAUAAGAAAUUUUACAUAAAUUGAAUUAAUUAUACGAUUCUACCUUCUCAUAAUAUAUAUACAUAAUACAUAUUAUGUUGGUGGGGAAAAUUUUCCCUAUGUAAUGUAUGUGCAUGCUUAUGAUUCAAGUUUACAUAAUAUUCUCUUUUACCUCUACUGAAUUAAUUU